AUGGCUGCGGACGGCAAGUUCUUCGCGUACGCGUGUCUGGGCCCCAAGCAGAAGUUCGAGCCGUUUCACUACGAGCCGGCCCCGCUGGGACCCAACGACGUGCAGAUUAAAGUCACGCAUAACGGCCUGUGCCACACGGACCUGCACAUGCGCGACAACGACUGGAACAACGCGACGUACCCGUUAGUAGCAGGCCACGAGGUGGUGGGCAUAGUGGAGCAGGUCGGCGCCAACGUCACCACGCACAAAGUCGGCGACCGCGUGGCUUAUGGCUGGCUGCGCAACUCGUGCCGCUCAUGCUUGUCAUGCGUGCGCGGGGAGGAGAACCUGUGUGCGGAGGGCUACACAGGUCUUAUCCUGAACGGCAACAAGGGCGGCUUCCAGCCGCGCCUGCGCGCCCCCGCUGACUUCGCCAUCAAGCUGCCCGAGGGGUUGGAUUCGGUGGACGCCGCUCCCCUCAUGUGCGCUGGCAUCACGGUCUACAGCCCUCUCCGCGCGCACAUCACUCGUCCCGGCAUGAAAGUCGGGGUAAUCGGCAUCGGCGGCCUGGGCCACCUCGCACUGCAAAUCGCCCGCGCCAUGGGGGCCCAUGUCACUGCCUUCUCCACCACUCCCAGCAAGGAGGAGGAGGCCAAGAGCAUGGGUGCACAGCAGUUUGUGGUGUAUGACGCAAAUGCUGCACCUGGGGGAGGCCACCCCGAGGUGCCCAAGUCUGCCCACGUGGACGUCCUGGUCAACUGCGCUCCCGUCUUGCCUCCUCAAGGCGACUACAGGAACUUCAUGAGCCUGCUCAACCCCGACGGCACGCUCGUCCUGGCCGGGAUUCCACCUGAUGCUGUCGGGCAGGUGGGCCUGCUGGAUCUGAUUUUCGGGCAGAAAAAACUUGCGGGGUCGGUGGUGGGCGGGCGGAUGCUGCUGAAAGAAAUGUUUGACUUCUGCGCUGCAAACAGCAUCAAGCCCGUGACUGUGCUCAACGAGGCGAUGGCUGAAGUGGAGGCCACCAUUCAAUCAUCCUCUCUCUAUUUCCUUUACCACCCUGGCACCUCCCUUUACCACCUAUUACCACUCUCUGUUCCUUACAGACACGCCCGCUGUCGCAGCUGA